AUGGUAUCUGAAUGUUAUGAGAGCCUAAUUGAAAGACCCAGUGGCAUCAGUGGCUACAGACCUGCAUCCUGGAGACAGAAUAUAGAUGUGGCAAGCAACACAGGACAGCUGCGGGUCAAGGCUGGCAUUAAUGAUCCUGUGUCGCCCUGUGUCACUUUGCCAGCCCAUCCAGCCCAUCCUUCCCCUCCCCCCACGGACUCCACAGAAGAGGAAUCGGAUGACGAUCUGGAUGAUAUACAAAGGGAAGAACUGAAACAACUGGUAAGAAAUCUUCGUCGGGACCUCGCCUCAACAAAAAAACAAUUGAACUACAGGUGUAUUAGGGACUACCUAGUGGACAGACGAAGAAAGCUGGUGGAAGAAUUGAGUACUGUAGACACUCUCCUUGCCACCCUCACCUUUGAAGAAAAACAACAGAGGUCAAUCGCAUGUACCGCCCGCCCUCACAAUAUUGUAGCAGAGAGCGAGACAGCGACUCGUGCGCCUACGCCCAGUGAAGACAGUCACCCUCCUUCUCAGCCAAGCCGCUCUCCUACCCCCACUCGCUCAUCCUCCCCUCCUCCUUCUCGGUCCCCUCCAGCCUCCGCUCAACACACCUUGGUAGAGACGGAAUCUUCACCGCCACUCGUGGACACAUCUGACAGUGCCACCAACGACGAGAGUGGGGCUGAGAGGCAAUACAGCUCUCAUCGCAGCAGCCAGGGAACAAAUGAACAACGCCGACAACCCAGGAAAAAAAGAAGACCGGCAACAAGAGGAACUACGCCUCAGUCAGGGCAGCAGCCACGACAAGAGGCAAUCGGCCCAAGGCUGCAGCAGGCCAGGUGUCCUCACUGCAGGCGUCACGGUCACACUCAGGAGCAGUGCCCGAGGAAGGUGUGUGACUACUGCCAAGGCCGCUCUCACUCCUCCCUCUACUGCAGAGUGAAAAUUGCGGACGAGAGGCAGAAAGAGCUGGUUCAAGCAGUCCGCCAAACUAGCUAG